AUGAAAAAAAGAAAAAAUAAAAGGAAAAUUAAUUAUCAUGAAGAAACAUUUACUUAUAAAAAUAUAGAAAAAUAUGAUGAAGACGUUAUAGAUAUAGAUAAUAAUUUUCUAAAAGUUCGUAACAAGUAUUCGAGUAUAUUGAAAAAAAUAAAUAUAUAUUCGGAAAAAAAAGAAAAGAAAAAUUAUAUAAAAGAAUUGAAAAAUGAUAUUAAUAAAAUAACAUCCAAUAUUAAAAAUGAACUAAAAUAUGUAGAUAUAUUAAUAUGCGGUGAUAAAAAUAGUGGAAAGACUACUUUUUUAAAUUGUAUAAGUUGUGUAGAUCAUUUUAAUUCUAAUAAGUAUAAUAUAUCAUUACUUAAUGAUAAAACGAAUGUUAAAAAUGAAAUAAAAAGUAAUAAGGAAAUAAUAUGGAAUUACAAUAAACUAGAACUAUUGUCUUAUAUACCAAUAAUUUUUUCAAAAUUCACAAAUAGAAAUUAUGAUGUGCUUAAAAAGGAAUUUAAAAAAAAUUUUUUGGAUACUGAUAUUUGUGAAUCUUCUAUUUUCAUAACAGCAGAUGAUUUAAGUUUUAUUAAUUAUGAAUUUAAUUUAUGUAGCAAUUCGUUCAUUAAUGAUUUUGAUUAUAUUAAGAUAAAUUUUUGUGAAUACGGCGAAGAUCUUUUUCGUAAAAUAAAAAAAUAUUAUAACAUAUUGAAAAAUUACAAUGAACAUUUAGAAAUGAAAAACGAAAAUGAAGAAGGAGGAAAUAAUAAAAAAAAAUAUGAAGGAAUAGAAAUAUGUGACAGAUUGUGGGAAACGAAUAAAAACAUAAAAAAAUUAUUUUCUUCUUAUAACAUUAGGAAUAUAAUUGAAACAGCUUUAUUAAGAAUAAAAGAGACAAAAUAUAUUAAUUAUUUUAUCAAUUUAAAAAAGUGCUUUCUAUUAAUUAAAUCAAGUAAACUUAUUUACAAUAUUUUGAUAGAAAAAGAAUUUAAAAAGUCUAAAAAUAACUUAAAAAUAAAAAAAAAAAAUAAAGUAACUUUUAAUUCACUAUUAAAUAAUAUGUAUUCAAAGAACACUAUACUUAUACAUGAUGAUAAUAAGUUAUAUAAUAAAUUAAAAAAAAAAAAAAAAAAAAAAAUUUUUUUAACCUUAAAUGAAGAACAUUUAUCGAAUACUUUCCAUUAUUUAAAUAUUAUAAAAGAUUUAAAUAAUUACGACAAAAAAGAAAUGCUUUAUGUAAUAUGUCGUUUUUUUGAUUUUGAAAAAUUGAGUAAAAGGUUUAGCAUAUAUUUUAAUUUAAAUUAUAAUUUGAAUAUUUUUAAUAGAGUGAUAAAUAAAGUAGAAAAUAGAGAGAAUGUAAAGAACAUAAAUGUGAAAGCCGUUUAUUAUUUAAUAAAAAAGUGUGUUAAUAAAAAAUGGAAAAUUCAAAAAAGAAAAAAAAAAAAAAAUAAUGAUAUGGUUUUUAAAUAUUAUUCUGAAAAGAAACUUAAAUACUUGAAUAAAACUAAAGAAAAAAAAAGUGAUAAAACGAGCUGUUCUAACAAUUGUACUAUUAUUAUAAAUAACAGUAGCAUAAAAAAAAAAAUUAAUUUUUUAUUAAAGGAAGCAUUAGAAAUUCGUAAUUUUUUUAAAAUAUUUUAUGAUGAAUAUAUAUAUAAGAACAAAAAUCGAUCAUACGUAAGAAAUUUAGUAAAAGAAAACUUUGAUAUAUGUUUUUUAUUUAUGAAAUUUUGUUUUUAUUACAUUCAAAUUAAUAACUCUUCUACAGUUCUUAAUAAGUUAACCAUUCAUAAUAUCAUAUAUUUAAGACAGAUUGAUAUAAUCAAAAAAGAUCAAUUUAUCUAUCACAGUAUUUGUAUUCCAUCUUGUGUUCAUGCAUUUAUAAAUAUAUUAAAAAUUAAUUAUAAAAGUGAAGUGUUUCAUUCUGUAGAGAACUACAAAACGUUUUUAUUAAAAUUUAUCUUAUAUGGUUUAGCUUAUUAUAAAUUAAAAAAAAAUAGUUACGAUUUUUAUACAAAUAAAAUAAAAACAAAUCAUAUAUGUUACUUUACUCGUGAUAUUAUUAUAAAUUCUAUUGCAGACUUAUUUGAAAAGAAAUUAAAUGAAAAAAAAAGUUAUGGGAAUGUUAAAAAAAUUUCAAAAAAAGAAAAUAAAGCAUUAUCAGUUAGUAGAAAAUGUAAAAAAAAUAUGAAAACAUUAAAAAAAAUAAUUAAUAGUAUAGAUAUUAAUAUACCACCAUUCAUUAUAAUAAAUAAUAUAAAAACAAACUGGGUAUAUUUUAAAAAUUACAUGAUUUUGUCUAAGAUGUGUUCUUAUUUUAAAGGAUCUACUUAUAUAUAUCCUAAUAUAUGUUUUGAAAUAAUAAUGAAUUUUAAUUCAAAUAGUAAUGUUGAAGAUAUCUUUAUAUCAAAAACAGAACAACAACAAAAUUAUUUUACACUUUGUUUUCUUCCAUUGCAUAAUAUUUUCUUUAAAAACAAAAUUAAAAAAAAGAAAGUUUUGCAUUUUCCUUUUAACCAUAAAUUACUUAAAUAUUUUAAUGAUAACAUUCUAGUAAAGAAAAAAAAAAAUAGCUAUUUAUUAUUAAACUUAUUGUGUAAUAAAUUUUUUAAUAUGUUUAAAAAAUUUUUAAUAUAUUAUAAAAACAAAAAUUAUGAUAUUAAAGUAGAUUUUAUUUUUAUAUUAUUAAAUUAUGUAAUGGAUAUAUAUUACUUAAUGUGCUAUGAGAAAAAAAAAAUUCAUAUUUCUAAUAAAAAAGACUUUAUUAUAACUAAUGACGAAUGUUUUAUCAAUGAAAAAAUUAAGGUUAAAGAAAAUAAAAUUAAAAAAAUUAUUUUUCUUAUUGAUGAAAAUAAUGUUAUAUUUAAUUCAACCUUUUUUCUUUGGGAGGAUUUAAAAUAUAAAAAAAAAUAUUCUUUAAAAAAUAAAUAUAUAAAAUAUUUAGAAAAACAUUUGUUCUUUUCAAUUUUGUGUAAAUAA